CUUCCACCGGGAACCACCUAGGUCUCAGAGCUCUUCCCUUCCAGCUGGCCCAGACCCCACGUGGGAGUGGAGAGGGCCUCAGCCUAGCGCCUUCUUUCCCUAGCACCUGAAGAUCUGAGUUGAGCUGAGCAUCUGAACUUGGCAAGUGGCCGAUGGGCAUCUGGGUGGAUGACUCUUAGGCUCGCAGGGUCCUUGCAUUUUAAAAGUAGAGCCUGGAGACCCAGCCCCUGCUUAAUGAAGGGUGAUUCAGAGGCUUGAGGGGGGCUAUGGCACUGGGGGAGACAGUGAUGACUUAGGAAGGGCCAUCUGCUCUCCCAGGAGAGCUGGUUACAGCACAGUUCUUGUCAGGCCUGGUGCCUGGAGAUGGGAGAGGCUGAAGUUCUGAGCUAGGACCGGGGCUCUCCCUCACCUCCCUGGGUGCCUGAGUGCUGAAGACCAGCCUCGGCAAAAUGCCGUGUCAGGAGUCCCUGAAAGGAUGAGACGGAGUCAGCGAGAAAACUUAAGGGCUAAGGGGAAGGGGAUGAGGUAGUGAAGAGACACUGACACUUGAUGAGGUGCAAGUAUCUUCUGCUGAGGGACUCAGCAGAUCUUUAUUAAUUUUUUGCAAGCAGUGAGAUGACAUCAUCAUAUGCACAGAAGCAAAGCAGAAACAAUCAGUACGUUCUUUUCCCAUAGACUUUUGGCUGCUACACGCUCUCAGCAAGAAGGCAACCUUCAAGGUUAAUAGAUAAAAAACUAAGCCUUACACUGAAAUUCAUUAUUUCAGUUCAGACAGUUACCUAGGACAGUUGAUAGCCGUUGGUACAUUCCUAUCAGCUAAAGCCUAAGCAUCAAAAGAUUCUUCUUAUUCGCAUGGCCUUCAGCUGGAGACCAGCUGCUUUCUGGUUAUCAGCUAACAGGGUUUUCUACCUAGAAGCUUUUUAACACAAUUAACUUCAUUUAAAAACUUUCCUAAGAAACUUCUAAAAAAAGCAAAAGAAGGAUUUACUAUAAUUGUUGUGCUGGAUUGCUUGCCAGGCAUGUUCAUGUAUAACAAUUAUUUCCCAUUGUCAGGCAGGCCAAAUUUACAGUGAGUAAUUUUUGAGCAGGUAUUUCUUUGUGCCAUUUACUUACAGUAUUCUGUACAUAUAAUUUAUUACCCAAUGUACUUUCCGAGACUUUUUUCUUAUGUGACCAAGAACAAAAAAACAAAGAGAUGCUUAUAGGUCAUAGAUUAAUCUUCAGCCCCACGGUGUGAGGCUCUUUGAGCUUCAGCCCCACAGUGUGAGGCCCUUUUUCUUAGCUGCUUGCCAGUGUCUUAUCUGGCUGUGGCAGCAAGGCCCCCCACCCCAGCACCUGAGUAAUGGGAGAAGCAGCCGCCCCAUUUGCAGCCGCUUCUUGCUCUGCAGGCUGCAAUCUCCCAGCAGAGGGUAGCACUGCGGGGGCUCAGCUCUUCCUAGGUGGCUUGGGCUACUGAAAGCUGCUGGAAUUUGGAGAUCCAGGAAGCCUGAGGUGGUUCCCUAUGUCACGACAAUCUUCGGUGGCCUGCGUGCCGGCAAGAUGGUCCUGCUCCAGGGAGAGGUGCCUCUGGAUGCACGCAGGUUCCAGGUGGACUUCCAGUGCGGCUGCAGCCAGCACCCCCGGCCGGACAUCGCCUUCCACUUCAACCCUCGCUUCCACACCACCAAGCCCCACGUCAUCUGCAACACCCUGCGCGGUGGGCGCUGGCAGGCCGAGACCCGGUGGCCGCGCCUGGCCCUGCAGAGAGGAGCCGGCUUCCUCACCCUCUUUCUCUUUGGAGACGAGGAUGUGAAGGUGAGUGUGAACGGAAAACACUUUCUCCACUUCCGCUACCGGCUCCCGCUGUCGCGGGUGGACACCCUGGGCAUAUCCGGCGACGUCUCCGUGAAGGCCGUUGCAUUCCUGAACAGCAACCCCUUUGUGGAGGGCGGCAGUGAGUACCCUGCUGGACACCCUUUCCUGUCCGAGAGCCCGUGGCUGGAGGCGCCCUGCUCCCGUGCUCUUCCCCGGGGGCUCUGGCCAGGGCAGACCAUCACCGUGCGGGGCCUGGUCUUGCCAGAGCCUAAGGAUUUCACCCUGAGCCUGCGGGACGAGGCCGCCCACGUUCCUGUGACCCUCAGGGCUUCCUUCGCGGACAGAACUCUGGCCUGGGUCUCGCCCUGGGGACGGAGGCAGCUGAUCUUGGCCCCCUUCCUCUUCUACCCCCAGCGGUUCUUUGAGGUGCUGCUGCUGUGCCAGGAGGGAGGGCUGCAGCUGGCGCUCAACGGGCAGGGCGUGGGGGCCACCAGCCUGGGCCAGCAGGCCCUGGAGCGGCUGCGGGAGCUCCGCAUCAGUGGCAGCGUCCGGCUCUACUGUGUCCACUGCUGAGCGGGACCCAUGGGCCUGGCCAGAGAAGAGGGGGGCCAGCCUGCUCCCAGCAUGGGCCCCCUCCUCCUCCCUAUCACACUAAACUGUGUCCCCACCAUGCCAAGCAGGGCUGCUCCUGGAACCAGGAACCUGAGGCUGCGGGGGCCCUGGCACCCCAGCUCUGCUCCCCACCCUCUGCCACUCCCCCCUGCAGCCCAGGAUGGGGUUCCAUCUUCCUCCUGGCCUCGGCAAGGACACAGGCUUUCUAGCCUAACACAGACGCCCCAGUACAGUGGCUCAAAGGGUGUAGACACUCAGGUCAUCCUCACCUAACAGUUCUGAGGAGAAUGGCCGAGAACAGCAGGCCGGUCUGCUCCUGGGGGACCCCAGGGUGGACCUGGUCAUCGUCUCACUGCAGCUCAGCACCAUCUGUGGCUGAAGCUCAGUCACCUCCAUAUCUAGGUGUCCCUCUCUGAGAAAUAGGACGUGGACAAGGUGCUUCUGAUUUCACUAUCCCCAGGCCCGAGGCGGGACCAUGAGCUCACACCCACAUGUACUGCUCAGAGGGAGGCCAGAGACCGAUGGGGAAGGGAUCCCAACACUGACUUUGGGGGGCUGGAGGUGGCCCCCCGGGAUGACCAGGUGCCUGGGUGCACAUCUACGGCCAUGAAGGAGAGCGCAAGGAUCUUGGUGGGGAGCUGCACUCCCUGUGCUAAUAUCCUCAUCCCAUAAGGAAGGAGACUCAGCACAGAGAGGCUAAGUGAAAGGGGACCCAGCACCAAGGGACACUGCAAGGCGAGAGAAAAAACAAUUUAAUAAUUACUAAUUACAUAUAUUAUAUGUAAUGACAUGUCUUGUAUACUGUAUAGAGCAGUACACGCAUGUAUUACAUAAUAAAAUCUACCACAUGGCAUCACAUGUAUAAAUUUAUAUUUUUAAUACUUGUAUUAAAUACUAAUAAUAGAAAAAAUAAAACCGAAUACACCAGCCAUCCCAGUAGAGGAGAUUUUGUGCUGUUGAGAAACAUCCUUCUAUGCUGUUGGCAAAAAUCUCAUGUAAAGAUGGCAAGAGAGGAUUGUUUCCUUCUGACGUUUAUCCAGUGUGCGCUGGUAUUUAUUUAGUUUGUGCAUUUAUCCCCCGCCGCAUCCCCCUCCACCCAGGAGCCAUACGUGGGGGUCCCACCCACCACACAGGUGAAUCGUGGGAGCGGGUUGUGGUUCCACAGCGGAGUCUGCCCCCACAGGGGAUGCCCAGGACCAUCUCUCCAGAGUGCGGGGCCCUGGAGGGCUGAGCCCUCUGUGGAAUGGGGCAAUGUGAAAUGUAGGGGACCACACAAGGCCUAACCUUGAGCCAUCUCAGGAGGACAAUUUAGGACUGUGGGAAAAUUCCAGUCAAAACAGUAGAGGCUGGUUCCCGUCAGAAAAAUAAGGUGUAUGUACCCUUUGCACCUGGGCCCUGGGAUGUGGUGAAACACUGCUGCUUGGAACUGCCUGUUUCUGCUGCUGUACUCCGCUUGCUCUGGCGCUGUACACUCCUGGAUGCGGUUUUUGGAUUUAAGAACCCUUAUCACCCCCGGUUGGGGCUGCUCCCUCCGAGAAGGACAGUCCCUGGCCAGCUAAUAAAAGCUUCUUCGUGGGCCUCCCUGGUGGCGCAGCAGUUGAGC